CAUCAGUCCACGUUAACCCAUCCCACGAACCAAUCACAUAUUCCAAUUCUGUCUUUGACGACAGCUGGAAGUACCCCUACGACGUCAGGACUUUUCUUUUCCUUUCCUCCCUAGCGCUCUUUCGACUUCACUCUUCUAUUCUGCUUCUGGGGAAAGAAAAAUGUAUGAUGACUUCUAUAUAUUUUUAACGUACAACAUGCUACAGACCUGCUAUAUACCACUUCUCCCUUGACGUCGUCUUCGAAUCGCACGCUUUUAGGCGUCCCGUCCCCCCUCCCGGUUUCUAUGUCACCCCCUUUAACUAAAUACAACUCCCCGACCCUAUGAGAUUUAUCUAGGUUAAGGUCUUAAUAUCAUUAUUUUUAUCUAGGUAUGUUGAAUAUCUAGAUAAUUACUUCCUUCUAUAUGAAUCGACAUAAAAUAAUCGCUCAUGAAUCAGCUACCCAUGGAACCCCGUAAAUAUUCUACCAUCCUGCGACUCUCUGUUCAACUCCUACAGACCAGCACACGUUAGGUCUUUGUCCUUGGUUAAUCUACAUAUUUCUCCCUACUUUUUCUGUACUUUUCCUUAUCGGCUUCAAGUAAACUAGCCAAGCAACAAGGCUCGAAAACUACAAACCCAAAACCCAAAUUUGUAUAAACUAUUGCGACGGGGCACUAUCUUAGAUGAUCCACCCGGCGACAACCCAUCUAUUUACUCCCGGUGUCCAAGUUAAAUAACGAUACUUUCAUGUCCUCGAUACAGACUAACUCGAAUACGUCGAGCUUGCCUUCGCCGAAUGAUUCCGAGAGUUCGACCUCCGCGUCUCAUCUCGAGAAAGAUGGCUCUCUAACUCCAAACCCUACUGGGACCGAGCAGCCUUCGGCGGCUUCCGAGCUGCUUCUCGACGCCGCCAAGGACGUCAGGCAGAUCAUAAGGCUCAUUCAAUGUCAAAUAUGCUCUAAAAUACUAUGGGAGCCGACUAUUUUACCCUGCGGGCACAGCCUCUGCAAGGGAUGUAUACCUCAGACACAUGUCCGAGCUAAUAUUUCGUGGCCGGCGACGGCCAACCGGCUUCGUGGGUUUGAAUGUCCUUUUGACGACUGCGGAAAGGAACACGCGCUCGGAGACUGCUCUAUUGAUGUCACCUUGAAUAAAGCGCUAGCUAUCAUUAGAGGGAUUGUCGAGUCAGAUCGAGAUAUGUCUGAUAGUUCUCGCGCUUCUACAAGUAUUACAGUGCAGGAUCACUGGGAUAUUGCGGGGAUUCCCUCGCUCGCGCACAAAGCGAAUGAACCUUUCGUAGCAAAAGGAGCUCGCCUCGUUGCGACAUAUACGCUAGCAGAACUGGGCAAGCUAGAUUAUGGGAGCGAGGUAUCUUACUCCUCUGUAGGUGCAGAGCGCGGUGAGAUGGAACAUAUCGAUAUGGCAAUGUUGGCGCGGUUAAAGGAGUCUGCUAGAACAGAAAUGGAUUGUCAAGUCUGUUACGCCUUGUUCUUGGACCCCUUAACGACCACUUGUGGCCACACAUUUUGUCGGAGCUGCCUCCACCGCAUUUUGGACCAUUCAAAUCUUUGCGCCAUCUGCAGGCGCCCUUUAUCGAUACAGGCUCAGGUCAACAGGCAGUCCUACCCUUCGAACGAUCGGCUCUGCAAGAUAAUUAACGGGUUCUGGGCCGAUCUCGUAGCCCUUCGUGCGCAGGCGUAUGCACUCGAACAGCAGGCAAAUCAGGAUGGGUUCGACAUCCCGCUCUUCGUCUGUACGCUUUCGUUCCCGCGUAUGCCUACCUUUCUUCACGUUUUCGAACCACGCUACCGCUUAAUGAUCCGGCGGGCGAUGGAAGGCGACCGAACGUUCGGCAUGGUACUUUACAACCCGUCUCGUACGCCUGGCGAGCCUGAAUUUAUGGAAAUCGGAACGCUACUCCGCAUAGUUAAUAUCGAACCUUUCGCGGAUGGGCGGAGCUUAUUGGAGACAGUUGGUGUUUCUCGCUUCCGGGUGACCCGGCACGGGUGGUUAGACGGGUACGUGGUCGGUAAUAUCGAGAAGAUCGAUGAUAUUAGCGUAGCGGAAGAAGAAGCUAUAGAGGCGGAGGAAACGAUGCGCUCUCGUGGCGUAAGGGGGUUGGCAACCGCACCGCCUAGUCCAGGACCGACGCAUACAGAAGCCGUACCUGUUCGCUCUCUGCCGGUAUCCGUAUCGCUAGAUGAUAUAGAGACGAUGUCGACUAGAGAGCUGGUCGAGGUGGGCGUGGACUUUGCUAGGAGAGUGAGAGCGCAGAGCGUGGCGUGGUUAAAUUCGCGAGUUCUAGCCAUCUACGGCGAAUGUCCUACAGACCCGACUCUCUUCCCCUGGUGGCUCGCUAGCAUUCUCCCGGUCAAGGACGAGGAAAAAUACAAGCUCCUAGGCACUUCGAGCGUGCGGGAGCGGUGUAAGAUGUGCUGUCGGUGGAUUAUAGAAUGGGAGGCGAACAGAUGGACUAUUUCCGAUUGUCUCGUCUUGUGACAGACGGCUUAUAUUUACUUACACGUUAUCCUUACUACGUUGACUUGCGGCUCGUCCGAGUUGAGCUACGAAUAAAAACACCCGGUCUUAAUGGUAGAAAGAUUUAGAAGUUAGCGUUGGUAGAAGAAGUUGGAAGAAUUGGCUUCGAAGGAGUAUUCAUUCAUGCUUAUUAUCAUAUUAGUGAUGUCAUCAUAGCGCUAGCAUUGCUGUGUACCUAAAGUAUCUAGAGCUGAGGAGUUGUCGAUUGUUUGUUUAUCGCUCUACGCAUUAUAUCAUGCAUCGUCGUCGUCAAGGAUUGUUGAGAAAAGGGGGGUGGAUGAUUAUUGUAUAUAACUAGCUCCCGCAUUGAGAGACGAAUGAAGAUCUCUUUUUCAAGUAA